AUGGCAACAUCAUUGGAUUUCUGUGUUUUCAGUGUUCUGGUGACAGGAUCUGAUCGGGGAAUUGGUCUGGGUCUGGUGAAGAGGUUUCUGGAGCUGCCUUCUCCACCCAAAUGGGUCUUUGCUACAACCCUUGACCUGGAAGGAAAAGAAACCAAGGAGGUGAAAGAGUUGGCUUGCAAACAUCCAAAUCUGGUGGUGUUGCAGUUAGAUGUCACUAAACCUGAGAGCAUCCAGGCAGCUCUGAAGGAAGUGGAAAAGUGUGUUGGAGAAAGCGGGCUGACCCUCCUCAUCAACAAUGCUGGCAUUGGGUUGUUCAAUGACCUUGAAACAGAAAAUGCCAAGGAUAUGAUGACGGUGUAUUCCAUCAACACCAUCGGCCCUCUACUAAUGAGUCAGGCCUUUCUGCCCCUGCUGAAGAAGGCAGCCUGGAGAAGUCCAUGUCAAGAGCUGAGCAGCAGACAAGCGGCCAUUAUCAAUAUCUCCAGUUCUGCAGGAUCCAUGGAAGUGAUGCUUCUUUGGGAUAAGUGGAAAGUCAUUGGCUACCGUUGCAGUAAGGCUGCUUUAAACAUGCUCGCCAAAUGCCAGUCACUUGAGUAUCCACGCUACGGGAUUCUGUCCGUCUGCAUCCAUCCUGGCUGGGUGAGGACGAAUUAUAAAGAGUCUCCCAAGGGUUAUCCCACAUACCAUUAUAGGAAGCUGGGCUGUACUGAUGAGUUUUUUUCUUUUUUUCUUUUGUUACAGGCGGAUCUAUCGGUGGAAGAGAGCACACAAGGCAUCAUGGCUGUGCUUUCCAUGCUUUCUGAGAAGGAUAAUGGAUCCUUUGUGGACUGGUUAGGUCGACAAGUACCCUGGUGAACCAUUUGCAUCUUAAUGCCUGGGCACUAAGCAUUAAGUGUCCACUAAUGCUUAGUGUCCAAGCUAAUAUAACACUAAUGUAACACUAUAUUCCCAGGUGAUGAAUCUCCAAUAAAUCACUGAUUGUCAUGACAA